AAAAACUGUAUCUUUUGCAAUGUAUCGGUCCAAAACGGCUUUGAUGUUGUGUGGGAGAAUAACGACUUCAUAGCGUUUCGAGACCACAAUCCGUCCGCGGCUCAUCAUUUCCAAAUGAUCACAAAGCGACACAUAGACAGCGUGAAAUCCUUGUGCAAGGAUGAUGUCGACGUUGUUGGACAGAUGCAUGACAUUGGGCAUCGUAUUUUGGAGGAGCUAGACGUGUCCCCUACUCUACGCUGUUUGGGCUUUCACAUACCGCCCUUUAACUCGGUAAUGCACCUGCACAUGCAUGUCCAGGCGCUUCCGUAUCGUUCCGUGGUCCGGGCUCUCAAAUAUCCUGUUGUGUCCGGUAGGGGCGGGCUCGAGAAGGGGUUUAGUUGGUUCGUGACUGCGGAUCAAUCAAUUCGUAUCCUAGACAAAGGGCGUCGCGUAGGUGUGCUUCCUUGCUAG